AUGGUUAAAAUGGUUAUGGUACUCCAACGAGACAUAGAGGCGCACGGUCGAAUCGUCAGUUCAGUGGUGAAACUGGGCGACAAAGUUUACACGCAACAAUUAGAGAAACGGCAAGAACAAGCGGAACAACAGGAACAAGGAAACGAACGAGACCAGUGGGAACCGCCGCAGGCUUUACGAAUCGUAAGAUCUCUGGAACGUCGUUGGCAUCUGCUGUUUCUACGUGCCUUGGAAUGGCAAUGCCACAUCGAGACACUUGUAUCUCGAAUAAACAACAAGAACGUAGUGCCUUACCGCUGCAGUAGCGACAGCGACGAGGAGCCAGUCACGAAGCAGCCCCGACUCAGCCGCAGACACUCGCGGGGUUCUGGAAGGGAAUCCCCGGGUCAGUCGGCCCGCUCGACGCGCUCGGAACGCUCGAAACGCCACAGAGCGACGAGAUCGCCGCGAUACUCGGAGGAUCCGGCCGCAGUCAGAGCGGAUCUCUCCGACACCGACGCGUCUUCCGAGAAUCGAUCCGUCGGCGAAGGAUCUUACUUCGAGGAUGAAUUAUGCCAGCUCUGUGUGAUGGACACAAGGUCCGACGAAGUGGAAAAUUAUCAAGGAACCGUUGCUGAACGAAUCCAGACCACUUUGGGGGAUCAAGGGGAGGAAGGGGACAUCGAGGAAGACGCGGUCAGCGAGGACGAAGAGGACGACAUGCCACCAACACCCGACACCGUGCCGGUGACAAAUUCGACGGCGAUCGAGGAAAGUUGCGAUCAGAUCGACGGCAGACCCAGAAUCGCGGAACAAUCGAACGACAAUCUUGCCAGCGACGAGCCAGUGAAACGUCGUAGAAAGACUGAGGAGGUCGCCUCAUUCAGCACACCCGACAGGAAGUCGAAGAACUGCGCGACCUUCUACUUCCGCCACCUGGACACGGAUUCCGAGCAGAACGAGGAGCCCGCGAUCGUCGCGGAGGACUCGUCCGAGGAGGAGUGGACGUACACGUCUGCGAACAACGCGGGCAACGCCUCGGAGCAGCGCGAGACGAACGUUCUGGUGCGUCUGGACUUCGGCGAGGCAACGGCCGACGCGACGGCGACGCCGGACGCCGGUAACGACGGCGUAGCGAACACGACCGCGAAUAAUCCUGUCAAAGAAGUCGCGAUGGAGUGCGUUGACGAGACUUCAAACGAGACCGACGCGUCCUCCCACCGCGAGAAGGACAGCGACGACGAGACGCGGAACGACAAGACGAGCAUCCAGAGGCUCAUUAAGGAGGUCGAGAAAUUGGUCGGGGACGAGAGGCGGGCUGGCGUCACCAAGACGUUCCCUCAGCUCAUCCUCGACGACAAGGGUAUAACGAACAAUCAUCGCGCGAAGUACGCGCGGAUCAAGGAGUGGCUGAAACUGAACUCCGUUCGCGGCCACGAGGGACGGUUGUCCACGUCACAGCCGUUGGAUAGCUGCGAUGCCAGCGGCGAAUACACGACGGAGGAGUCAGACGGGGAGAGGCAGUCGGUCUCGUCGGAGGAUCUGCAGAGCAGCGUCGCGACUUACCGCCGUUUCGAGGGCGCGCUCGGCUGCACGUCCCAGUCGGUGUCGCAAGAGAUCUUCGAGGACCUGGAGAAGACGCCGGUGAACGAGACGAACCCGAUACUGGACGCCAGCACACCGAAAGUCGUGAUGCGCUCAAAACAGAAAGCGAACGGGCCCAGGCCGUGGAGCGUCUCCUGUAUCUCGCAGAUCGGCAACACCUCCGGCUUGAAUCAAACGAACGAUCCGAUCUCGCAGUUCUCCAUCUCCGAGACGGCGCUUCAUCAGCUGAUCGCCACUCCGCCGACUAAAUCUGCGUCCUUAGAUGCCACGGGAUCACGUAAAUCGUUCAAUAAUUCAACAUCUACGUUGCUGGAGGAAUCGAUCAUUUGCCAUGACGGACGUGUGGUGCGGAACAGUUCGUUGCGCCGCAAGAAGAGCAGACUUCGCAAGAAGAACCUGGGUCGCAAGAGCGAGUCGAGCUCAGAGGGCGUGAACGCGAACAAUUCCGCCGGAAGCGACGGCAGUUCGUCGAACCAGCAACGGUCCGCCAGGAAGAUGAGCGGAAGCCGGUCGAUACGCACGAUCUCGAGAGAUUGCCACGGACGGUUGACGAUGCUGGUGAAGUCCGGCUCGUUCUCGGGGUGCACCGCCCACCAGCAACUGUCCGCAGAGAGGACGAUAGUUAGCGACCCGACGCCACCGUUCAGGCUGCCCUGCUGCACUUCGGCUGCUUCCACGUCUGAAACCGAGGGCGAGGAUCAGCGAAACUGCGCGCGCGGCUGCUUCAGCUACGACGACAACCUACUCGACACCGUUCUCAGCAACAAGGUUCUGUCCAAUCACCAGCUGAACGUCGACAGCGACGUUGAGAUGAACAGCCUCGGGAACAACUCGUUCUCCGAGCAGGCCUGGGAUAACUAUCAGGAAAAGUAUAUGAGCGAACCGUACAGCGAAGCGCCGGACGUAGAAACAGCUCGAAGAUUGUUGGACUUUGGUGAUGAUUAUCGAAACUUCCUCGAUAGUCAGUCCGAUUGUGCUUCCAGCAUGAGCGCAGUUCCCACUAGUUCUCCGCUACCUAGAAGUCGUAUACACCAUGAAAUCACCGAUACCACAGAAGACAGCGACAGCGACGUGGAGGACGUGCGAAACGUGGUGGAAAAGUCGCAAUCGCAAUUAACGCUCGCCGAAAAUCUGUUCUUAAGGUCAAGCACAGGAACAAUGCCCGAGGAUUGCACUGAAGUUGAGUGCGCGUGCAGAGAAAAUCUGAGGUGCCUUCACACGCUAAUAGAGUCCGUGAGCAAUUCAUUCCGAAGCGAAAAAUAUAUGAAACAAAUCCGUGGUACAAUGGAAAAAUGGGAAUCUUUAACGUCCAAAGUCGAAGAAGCUCAACUGGCUCGUACGCUUCACCGCGAGUUAACGGCUUUACACACGGAAUUCAAAGCGGCUCACAACAGACUCUUCUCGUACGAGAUCGUUUUGGAGCAGCCCCACGUAGUGGACGAGCAGAUUAACCGAAUUACGGCCGAGCUGGCUUCGUUGAGGGAUCGCAAGGCAGCGAUGCUGGCGCUGAACGUCUCGACGCACAGACUGAUCACCGAUCACGGGAACUUGACGUCGAUGAUCUUCACCACAUUGAAAGACGGCGUGGCGGAUCUGUACCGUAUAUGGGACGAGACUUUCCAAAAGGGCAAUCAACAAUUAUGCGCUUUACAAGCUGUCCAGCAGUUCAGUGUUCGUUUGGCCGAGCUACAGUGCGCGUUACGAAGGGAUAAGGAUACCCUUGCAGUUUUGGAUGUUGCCCUCCAGGCUGGAGCUACCUCCGAAGUGGCUUCGUCAGUUCGUCACGUUGCCAGGUUGCUGUCCGAGAAACAGGAUAUUAAUUGUCAGAACGGGACCGUGCUGAAAGACACGACCACGGAGGAGGUGGACAGCGGCACGGUGGCGAAAUUCGGUGACGCGUCGCCGAUCAGUCUGACGCAGGAAGGUGGCUCGCUCUCGGACAGCGGAAUCUCCGACAGCGGAAGCGAGCAAGAGUUGAGUGAACGCGAGCGACGGCUUGCCGCCCUUCGACGGCUGACCCGUAGCCUGGAGAGUCAACUGGCACCUGGUAGCGAGGUGCUCGCCGAUCUCUGGAAGCGAGUCGAGGACACCGAGACCGAGCUUCGGGAUCUUCAGAAACAGUGUCGGGAACUGAUCGUACGCACCGCUGCCAGCGUGGAGGCGCGGGCUGCGAAACGGACAGCCAAUCAGAUACACCAUUUCGCGGACAAACGCAAGAAAGCCAGUUCCACGGACGUACUGAAGGAAGGUCCGGAGCGGAUCAUGACGAUCGCGGCGAAAUGCGGCGCGACCGACGCCGGUGACCCAGACAACGAGCCAGGGCUGCCGGACAGUUGGAUUUGGCGAAUUCUUAGAGCAGCGUUGCCAUUCCAGCUGGCGUUGCUCGCCUUGUUCUACGCCGCGUGCCAUCUAGAGCCUUAUUGCUGCGAGGCGGCGAACACGCUGAACCUGUCCCUAACCCCUCAGCUGCGCUACGUUAGGGGACCACCUCCUAUCUGAAGCCGCUGCACCCUGCAAACUGGGUAAAGCUUGACGGCGUCGCGCUCGCCCGGGAGAAACCAGAGCGAAGAACCCGUUCAGACGAACCGAUCGAUUGUUCCUCAGUCACCGGAAGCGAUUUCGAUUGACCGGCAGACCAACCGGUCAUCCCUCGAUCGUUUACCUCACGAACGCACGAUUCUGAUCCGCGCCGAUCGCAAGGCGCGAGGAUUGUCGUUUAGAGGGAGCGCACGAUUUCUUUUUCCUUCUUUCUUGUGGAGAAAUUCAAGUUGAGUCCGAUAUCCAAAUACUGCCAACAUGCUCGUAUGUAGUUGACGAUUGGAUCGCCGUCGAUUCAGAAGAGGAAAUACGUUGAGAUUAUUCUUUUUUCGAGGUUGUAUUUAGAGGAUGUCCCCGGUCCUCUUUCUCUAUUGUUCCUGUUUGAGUUGACCACUGACGGACCACUGGUGUUUUUCUGAGUUCACGUGGGUUUUGUUUGUUUUGGGGGUUUAAUCGCGGUAAUGGGGAUUAUGUGUACAUUUGUUUUUGGAAACAAGUAUGGUUAGAUUUGCUAAGGCAGAAGCUUGAUUGAUAAUGAGAAAUUAUGAUGACAGAUACUGGGAAGAGGGCUUUAGCUUUUAUUGUUGUAAAGUGACACAGUAACAUUUUGUGUAUCAAAUUGCAUGAAAGGUACUUUUUAUUUUGUGGGAAAAGGUUUUUCGGACAUUUGGAUUUAAUUAUUUCUGUUACUUAUAUAGAAUUAGUUUAUGUGUUUCGGUUGUUGAAAGUAUGAUUUAAAACGAAGAUUUGCUUUUGAAUUAAAUUAGAUUAUUAAAUCAUGAGUGAUUGAGAAACUAAAAACGGACAAUAAGUGUCGUAGAACUCGUGAUAUAUAUUUUUAUGUAGAUUUCCUGUGUGACGGAAUUUCUCGAUUAUGAAAAAUUGUAACAAUCUGAUACGCCAAGCGUAACUUAAACGUUUCACAGGAUAUUUUGCUUCAAUUAUUGUAAACUCGUAAAAAUAAUCACUUAAAAAUUUCGAAGACAAUAUUUUUAACUUAAAACAUAAUUGUCUAAAAAUAGGACGAUAAAAAUUUCGAAAUUAUUUAAAAACCGUUUUCAUGAUAUCAAAUAUUUACUUGCAUUCAAUUUAUACCUGAAGUAUAUGUGUCGUCUCAUCAAAGUGUUAAAAACAACUUUUAGUAGUUUUUAUAAACAUCUGUACCCAUUGUAAAAAUUUGCAAAAACAUUGUACAUACCAAUAUACGUAAUUCCACUGUGGUCCGUGUGGUGUUAACCAAACUGUCUCAGGCACUUUGACCCAAAUUUCCAACAACCACGUAUGACCAUUACAAUUUUAAGAGUACUUUUACAAAGCGUGUCCAACUUGUCCAAACUUUUCUACAAUUUUUCUUCGCACUACAAAGCACAAAGACACACGUAACCCGAGCCACGUUCAACCAAACUUUUCUAACAUCGUAGAAUCCAUUUGUCUUUACAACAAUAUUGCACACGGCUUGGGACACGUCGCGAAUCGCGCGACAACCAGAACCAAUAACAUUAGUCCGAAGCAUCGUUGGCACAACCGAUCUCAGUCUCGCCGCAUUUUCAAUUUUUCAACCGACACACUGCCAACGGAAUUUUCGAGUGGUCGUCGUUCGUCAAUUAACGCUAGUUCACAGAUGCAGCGAGAAGGCAACGUACCUAUAGAACUUCAGACUGGUUCCUUUUUUUCGACUGAAAUUCACUAACAAACCGCGUUCCGCUGAAAAACUGUGCGUUCUUUUUGCGAUAAGAAAACGGAAAACCGGAGAGAAAAAGACAAAAAAAAAGUGAAUGGGAAGCGAGAAAACUGAGUGACUGAGGCGCGACACAGGGUCGCGAUCAACGAGCACCACGUCAAAAGAAAACAUUUGACGAAGAACACGUUUUCUUUUUGUUUCUUUUUUUUUUAUAUACGUUUUUACGAGAUAACGUCGACGAGCACGAAUCGUCGAAACGACAACGGUAAGUACAGUUCGUGUGCUCCGAAGGACCGCUAUACCCUUGUCGAGUGAACGAAGACGAGCCAUAGCAAAUGAUAAUUCGAUCUUCGAGCGAAGAAUAAUAUAUAUCGAGACCUCCCGAGAUGGCUUGCGAGCUCGUUUCAAGCGAGGCGAGAAUUUCGAAAGAUAAGGUUGACGAAGUAUUUAUAAAGAGGAAACUUUAUCUAUGACAGCGAAUUCGCAACGAAGCUGAUGUGCAGAAUAUUUAUAACGAGUAACGAGGUUUUCAUGAUGAAGCAGUGGGCGUUUUUUGUUAUAUAGUAUAAAUAUUUAUUUAUAUAUAUAGGAUACAUGUGGGAUUCUAGGAAAAAGAGGAAUGGAGCGGAGGGGACUCAAAUACACUAUUUUGAGAUUCUUUGAAUGGCUUGCUAUGGUUCAAUCUGCUGGCCAGGUGAAUUUUUGAUCAUCUUUAUAUAUAUAAAUACAGGCGCAAUUUAAUAUGCAUAUAAAUUAUUUGUGAUCUUCCUUAAUCUAUACACAUCUGUGUGAUCUGAUUUGUGCUGUUGGAAAUAGAUAAGAAGAGUUUUGGGUAAAUUAAUUAAAAUGUAAGAAGUAGUUGAAAGAUACAGAUUAAUGCAAACAUGUAUUGAAACUAUUGAUUGCAUCGCAAAAGUUCGCUUUAUUUUUAAUACACAUACAUUUUUUUAUUAGUCUUCUUUUUGUAAUUAGUAGGUUUGAAUCAUUUUAUUCAAAUUGAAUUAACCCAUUGUCGUUGGAUUUAAUAUUUCGUAACCAGCCUAGUAAGCUGUAUUGUUAACAAUCCUUUUGUAAUUCAUGUUACUGUCUUUGUCUUUGACUUGCUAUUAUAUGAUAAUGAUAAUAGAGAAAUUUUCUGUUAUCUGUUAUUAAAACAUUAUGUUUCUCAUUGCAAAAGUUCUUCGCCUUUGACCAGAGAAAGUUAACAUUAAUUCUAAAAAUUAAAAUGAAUGUCUGAAUGAUGCAAUAAAUACUUUCAAUCAGACACUGAUCUUAAGAGAAGUCGAGAAAACAUCUCGGUUGUAUGGUUGAAAACACUGUUAGCCAGUCGAUGAAUCGCAACGCUGCGUGUUCGAGUCCCGUUCACCCGUCACCAUUUUGUUUUCCUAGGCUCGUACAUGUAUAUAUGUUGAAACUUAUAUAUGUAUACAUACACGUAUUAUUGUUCGUAAUUUAACGUCCCGCGAGAGGUGACAUUUAGAGAUAUUCUCCUCGGAGAAAGAGAAACGGACCGGUCCAUAGACGUCCGGAGUCUGUCACGUGCUAGUAAUGUGCAAGGAACCCCGCGUCCUUACGUGUGAAAACACGUCCGCCUGGAGAGCCACAACCACGCGAUGUUAAAUAACAGUAAUACCAUCGUUUUCUUGUUUUUUCGUGAUUUUUUUUUAUUUUUUGUUUCUUUACGAUGAUUGCAGUCUGCGAAAGUCGGGUAGCAUGGAGUGCUACUAGAACACGGUGGAUCGUUCGAGUUCGACGAGGAACAAGCUGUAGCUACUUGAGAAUAAUUUCUUAUGAAGUAAAAACAUCGAAGAAGCCUCGUGUUCAAGGUUUCCUUUUGAAAAAUCUUUCCUCUCGAUUUGAAUUUUCGGGGGAAAAUCAAAGGGAACUUUGAUCCGCCUGUGAACAUAAUCUCCUAGCAUUUUAGUCAAAUGAAUAACGUUACCGACCGAAGUACUACGCAAUCCUCAUUCGUUUGAUUAGAAUGUCAGCGAAAUUAGCGAUUCUCACGAGCGAUCUAUUUCUCGAGCGUCUCUCUUCGAUCAGCUUCGAGCUUAAGCGACUGUUUCAAGUUCCUCACGGAUUUCACAACUACAUCCACGCGUGGUAUUACACACAAGCGACGUGUCAACGUUGCAUAAUAUUUAUUGUUCAUGAUAGAUGAGCUUAAACGGUGACCAUGGAAUCGUUUGAUUCAUCCGUCGCGUUCACUGACGAACUAGGACGGUUGAACGUUCGAUUGGUGAAGUGGGAAAAUGUAUCCAGUAGCGUGACCCUUUGAAGAGCUCAUCCGAGCAGGGUCUACUGCUGAGUAGAUAGGAGAAUGAUUUAAUGAAUUUUUUCUGACUGAGGAAGGAUGAAACGUGUAAACAUGCAAUGCGUUCCGCGGAACGAAGGAUUUCUGAGUGGCUUCUUGACGAACCCUCGAGACUAGACUAUGGCUGACAUGCCAUGUCGUUUGUGCGACGGAGUCUUAGAAAUUUUGAGAAUUCAAUCACCCGUCUUCACGAGGUGACGAAGUGCUGACGAAACACCAGUUUCAUACAUAUUUUCAACGCUUCUAGUUAGUGCUUGAGGGAUGUUUAUACAGAUCUCGUAGAGGUCGUUCUUUUUUCUGGGAGCGAUGUCGAGCGAAACGGUGCAGCAGUUAUCGGACUGUGAAUAGAUCACAUUUGUGUGUUUCUUGAAUCGCUUUUCGAGCGUCGGUUGGUGACGUUUAGGCAAAGGUACUGUGGGUAUUUAGAAAUUUUGAGUAGGGCAAUCGUGAAGUUUCUUUUUUAAUUCUUUUCGAGUAACUCGUACAGUGUUGCGACUAUUUUCUCAGACAACUUUUAAUUGAAAAAUUGAUUAUUAAUGUUACAAAUUGAUUAAGAUUGAUUAUUUUGAUUUUUUUCUUUUUCGAUGAAGGUAUAUUUCUGCAGAUUGCGUUGAUCGUUAAAAAUAAAUUUGAACUGUUUAUUUGAGCAAAUUCAAGUUUUCUUGGAAUUUCUUGAAUUCGUUUGAAUUUAUCUUCUAUAGAGAGUUGUGAAUUUGGUAUUUUCAAAUUAUAUCGAAACAAUUGUUUCGUCAUGGAAUUAUAGAAGAUUGAUAAAAGAAGGAUUUCAGAUACAGUAUUAAAUAGAUAAACGAACAUUGUAAUAAUGUUAAGCGAUUUUCAGUAUUUUAAUUUUAUUAUUAAAGGUACUUUUACCUCGAAUUUUGUUUUAUCAACGCAUAAUUUUGUAACUUUGGAACUGGAAAACAUUAAUUUAAAUAUUUAAAAGUCCAUUGUUUCUGGAUCUGAGAUUUUCAAAUACCUGCAGUCCCUUUUGUUUUUGUUGUAACAUAUAUACGCUUGUAUAGAGUAUAUUGAAGAUUUUCAUACGACUAUCAAUUAAUCCUUGGUAAACGUGAACCGCAGUAACCACUGUUUCGGAGUGGUUAAUCUUCAAUAGAAAUAGGAAGGUUGUGCACGGAUUCAAUCACAAAUUUUAUAUAAACUUUUGAUCCGAUUCAUUUUUGUACGUAUCUUUUUGUAAUUUUUGGCAGUGGAAUGUAACCAGUGAUAGACGAAAAGCGAGUGAAAAUUUCAAAUUUUAUUUUUUUACAUUCUAGAUGGUGGUUAGUUUAGUAACGAAUUUUUUAUUUCACUGCCUUCGAAAUUAGAGUGUAAAAGUAACGAAAAAAGGUUGACAACAGAAUUUUAGAAAUUAACUGUUUUCUAUUGUGGAUCUUUUAUCGAAAAUUUACAGCGACAUAAGUAUCGAACUGAUCAUCAAGGUUGUUUACAUCGACAUCAUAUCGAUUUUCCACAGCAAGCAAUUUUCACGAAAGCACUUCGAUGCCUUUCUUAAUAUUUCAAAUUAAUACGAAAUUUAUCCUUUUCGUAUUUGAUUCUUAAGAACUCUAAGAGAGACGUGAAAUAAAAGUGUAGUUAGUGUAAAUAGUGAGCCUAUCCGCACGAUUAGGUCGAACAAUAGUUUUUCUAAAUGAAAAGAAAAACAAUUUUCAUAGAGGAGAAAGGAAAUGAAAAAAGUCUAUUUUGUGAAAUAUUUUGUGAAAAAGAAACGUAGAUUCUAAGAAACAUAUUCGUUCAAUUAUUAUUCUAGAAUCUACACAAUUGUUUUUAUGCUUCGACGUAAAAGAUAAGAAGGUCUUGCAUUUUUCAAUAAGCAAAGCAACGAGCAAAAAGAAACUAGUUAUUCAGUAAAAUUAAGAUCGACCAUUUAUAUUAAAUUGUAUGCAUCGUUUAUUGAAAAAUAUCGCAGGAAUACUAUAAUCGGAUCUGGAUUAAUAACAAAAUGCAAAAUACAUAUUGCAAUCUUACAUUUAAUUACAAAGUACAUACACCGUUUACAGUCGAACUAAAAAAAAACUCUGAACAACGCAACAGAACACGCAAUAAUAA